AUGGUCUGGUCCCUCCUUGAAAUCAAAGAAAAAGGCCUUGCCAAUACCACUCUGCAACCGUACUUUGUUCCUCAGCCGCCCCCACCCUCCAAUGUUCAAUCAGAUAGUUUCAGUUUUGGCAACAAAGUCAGUCCAAGCAUACUGCUCAUAAUCAUAAUUCUAGCCAUUAUUUUCUUUGUUUCUGGUUUGCUUCAUCUCCUUGUUAGAUUCCUUUUGAGACCUUCAAGCAGAGAUGCAGAUGACUUGGAGAGUGUGACUGUUCUUCAAGGACAAUUGCAGCAACUUUUCCACCUCCAUGAUGCUGGGGUUGACCAGUCUUUCAUAGACACUCUCCCUGUCUUCCAUUACAAAGCCAUCAUAGGAUUGAAAAAUCCAUUUGAUUGUGCUGUGUGUUUGUGUGAGUUUGAGACUGAAGAUAAGCUCAGAUUGUUGCCCAAGUGCAGCCAUGCCUUUCACAUGGAGUGCAUAGACACAUGGCUCUUGUCUCACUCAACUUGCCCUUUGUGUAGAGAUACUUUGCUCCCUGAUUUCUCUCCAAACAAUAGCUGUUCCCCCAUUGUUCUUGUUCUUGAAUCUGGGAGUGACAGCUCAAGAGAGAUGGUCUCUGAUAGAGAGGCUGCUAUUGGCAGAACCAACUCAGUUUUGGGACCAAAUUCCCAUCUGGGUUUUCAUGGAGACGUCGAAUUGGGCUUGUCCCACCGCAAAUCGUGCGAAAUUGUGACGAAAGAAGAGGCUAAUCCGACGGUAAUGGUGGAUUCAGGGGAAAAGGUAGUGCCUGUGAAGCUUGGAAAGUUCAGAAAUGUGGAUGGUGGUGGUGAAGGGAGUAGUGACAGCAAUGUGGAUGCAAGAAGGUGCUUUUCUAUGGGGUCAUUUGCAUAUGUAAUGGAUGACAAUUCUUCGUUGCAAGUACCCAUUAGAGCCUCAAUGAAAAAGCAACCAAGCAAGAAGCCUACUCUGCCAUUAACACCAGGUCACAGGCAAGCAAUGUCUGAGUGUGAUUGUGAGUCCAGAAGAGAAUUCAAGUUCAGUGGGGUUGAAGCAAUUGGAGGCCUUGAGACUCAAGGGACUGCUAGUGCUAGUAUUACUAAUGGCAAUAAUACCAUUGGGAGGAGCAAGAGGGAGAGCUUCUCUAUAUCGAAGAUUUGGCUCCGUGGGAAGAAAGAGAAGCCGAAUAGGGCAGGAGAUUCGUCGAGACUGGCCUCUUCCUUCCGGUUUCCUGUGCACCGGAGUGGCGUGGCUGCCGGAGAGGAAGUGAAGGCCAAGAAUGUUGAGAGUGGGAGUAGGAGGACUAUUUCAGAGAUUGACAUUGGCAGGUGGGAAAAUGGAGGGAGUGAAUUGGGUUGUGAUGAGGAGAAUGUUAGUGUUAGCUGUAACAGUUUGGAUUCUCAAGCAAAUCCACCCUCUUUUGCAAGGAGGACACUGCUUUGGCUCAUGGGAAGACAGCAGAACAAAGUUGUUCAUUCAUCAUUUGAUCCUAGUGUUUAG